AGGGGAUGUGGAGACAGCUUCACAUCGGCUUGGUGGACGUUACGGACUCUUCCUUUCUGGUUGGAACCCCUCUCUCGCCCUCUCGCCCGGAUCCAGACAUGAGCUACAGGCACUCAGGUCCGAGGAGCUACCUCAGCGCGACCAUGACGGAUCGCUUCGACUGCUUCUACUGCCGUGACAACCUGCACGGGAAGAAGUAUGUGAAGAAGGACGAGAAGCACGUGUGUGUCCGCUGCUUCGACAAGCUGUGCGCCAACACCUGCGCCGAGUGCCGCCGCCCCAUCGGCGCCGACGCCAAGGAGCUGCACCAUAAGAACCGCUACUGGCACGAGGACUGCUUCCGCUGCGUUAAGUGCUACAAGCCGCUGGCUAACGAGCCCUUCUCCAUGAAAGAUGACAAGAUCAUGUGUGGGAAGUGCGGUCCCCGUGACGACGCCCCCCGCUGCCAGGCCUGCUACAAGUGCGUGCUGCCAGGCUCUCAGAAUGUGGAGUACAAGCACAAGGUGUGGCAUGAGGAGUGCUUCACCUGCCUCCUGUGCAAGCAGCCUAUUCGCUCCCAGAGCUUCCUGACCAAGGGAGACGACAUCUACUGCUCCCCCUGCCAUGAGAAGAAGUUUGCCAAGCACUGCGUCCACUGCAAGGAGGCCAUCACCUCCGGGGGGAUAACCUACCAGGACCAGCCCUGGCACUCCGAGUGCUUCGUGUGCUGCAACUGCAGCAAGGCCCUGGCCGGGGGCCGCUUCACCUCCCAGGAGGACAAGGUUUACUGCGUGGACUGCUUCAAGACCUCGGUGGCCAAGAAGUGCUGCGGAUGCCAGAACGCCAUCACAGGUUUUGGCAGGGGGACCAACGUGGUGAACUACGAGGGCAACUGUUGGCACGAGUACUGCUUCAACUGCAAGAAGUGCUCCCUGUCCCUGGCCAACAAGCGCUUCGUCCUCCACGGAGAGGACAUCUACUGCUCCGACUGCGCCAAGAAGCUGUGAGCACGGCCAGGGGCAGGAGCAGGAGCUGGGGAGGGCCACACCCGCAGCUCCCCUUCCGGCUGGCCUUGUGUAGUGGAAACGCAAGAGUAUGAAAACUAAACCCGCAGUGAGUCAUCCGCUUUAGUGCUGCAGCUGAAUAGGCAGCCAGAUCACGGGCAUUGCAAAGGAGUCCCAACAGUAGGGACACUGCAGGCUUGUCUUUUCAAAUGGUACAAAAAUACAUCUAGGAUACAAUUAGAUGGGAUUUAAAAGAUGAGGUUUAACUGGAGGUCACUAGAAGCAGAGAGUGAUAUCUGGUAGAAAGUGAGCUUUGCAAAACCAUGUACUCCUCAGCUGCUACCUGAAUCAGUUAAUUGCUCCUUGGGUUUUUAAAGUCAGUUAAACACACGCAUGCACCUCUUGAUAAUCAUUUACCUGUUUUAACAUACUAUUUAGUCACUUGCUUCGAUGGCAUGCAACAUGCAACUUUUCAUAAGAUUAAGAUCUCCAACUUCUGCUAGCCUCUUUUUGGGGACAGAAGCCUCACGUUUUUUGCUGUACUGGAAGUUGUUCUAAGAUGAAUAUACAAUAUAAGUAAAAUGCUGUGGUUUAACAAAUAUUAGCUUUUUCUGAACUAACAUCUAGUGCUAAGAAUUGGAAUUUCGCAUUAAUGUGGACCUGUGAUAACUGUAAAAGGUCCGAACUAAAAAUCACAUUUUGGAGUAUUCUUUCUCUGGCUAACCUAUGUUUUACAUGUGUAGUUUCCAGGUGGAACUGCCUUCUGUUAAGAUAAAAGUGCAAACUCAUUUCCUUACAGCAUUUUGCAGUGGAUUGUGUGUUGGGGAAAUGCAUUCUAAAAACAUAAUAAAGAAAGUGGAAACUA